AUGCCCUCCACCUUUUGGGAGAGGACCAAAGGGACCUCCAAGAAAGGCUUCGAUAAGGCAUGGCACACUCUCGAUAAACUAGGCGAUCCUGUCAACCGCCUCUCACAUCGGGUCGGCGCCGAGGCCUUUUGGCCCAUGACCCUCGAUAAAGAAAGCGAUAAAGCUGCGCGCAUCCUGCGCAGUUUCUGCAAAGAUGGUUUCUACGCCAACGACGACGCCGACCGGCAAAGCACCGACAGCUCGAUUAGCAAGCAAUCCGGCAAGCUGGAUCGUCCCAAGGGCAAACAACGAGUGUUGAAGAAGAUCCCCGCCCGGGUCAUCCAGCGGGCCAAAGGUCUCGCCAUCUUCACCACCAUGCGCACUGGUCUCUGGGUCAGUGGCUCGGGUGGCAGUGGCGUGCUUCUGGCGCGCAUCCCCGAAACAAAUGAAUGGAGUCCUCCCUCCGGCAUCAUGCUCCAUACUGCUGGUAUUGGGUUUCUGGCCGGUGUGGAUAUUUACGACUGUGUGGUCGUCAUAAAUACCUAUGAGGCUUUGGAGGCCUUCAAAAAGGUGCGCUGCACAUUGGGUGGCGAAGUCAGCGCCGCGGCCGGACCUGUCGGCAUGGGGGGCGUCCUUGACUCGGAGGUGCACAAGCGGCAAGCCCCCAUUUGGACCUACAUGAAGAGCCGUGGUCUGUAUGCUGGCGUGCAAGUGGAUGGCACCAUCAUCAUCGAGCGGAGCGAUGAGAAUGAGCGGUUCUUCGGCGAGCGCAUCUCGGUCAGUGACAUUCUCGCGGGCAAGGCCAGACAUCCUCCCGCCGCGAUCCAGACCCUCCUCAAUACCGUCAAGGCGGCGGAGGGUAACCCUGUGGAUGAGAAUCUGCUCCCUCCAGGCGAGACCCCCGGAGAUGUUGAUCUCGGGGCUACACCCUCGUUUGGCAUUCCUGACCCGGAGGAUCCCGACCCAUUCGGGGUCAAGGCUCUGGAGGCCGAGGGUCUCUUCAUUCGCGAAGCUGGAUCGAAGAGCAGACCAUCUCAGGACGUUUUCGAAUUCAAACCGAGCCCUAACAGCCCGGUCUAUUCGACCUUCCGACGCAGCACCGAUAGCUCCCCACGCAAUAGCUGGCGAGCGAGCGUGCAGAGCUACGCCAGUAUGGACCGAGGUACUCAAACCGAUGACGGUCCCACGACCGCCCCGACCUCCAUCAGCCGCACCUCUUCCCGGAGCUACCGGGACCGCGAGAGUGCCGCCCAUUCCCCCGUCUUCGCUGAAGACGCCACGAUCCCUCCGGAACUCAAGCGCCAGUCUCCUACCUUUACCCGUGCCCGGCUGGUGACGAUCCCCAAACGCCUUCCCCCGACCCUGCCGCCGAGGAACCCCCAGCGGACGCCAGUCUCCUUCUCGAGCUCGACUCCCAACUCACCCACCUCUAUCCCUUACUCCUACAGUCGCCGGCGGUCCGUGGCGUCGAGCCCGGGACACACCUAUGGUUUCACCGAGGUGGCUCUCUAUCGCAAGCACAACGAUUCGGAUAGUGACUUGUCCUCCGCGGGUGCCCCGGAAUCGUCAAACAAGCUGUCCCCAGACCGGGAGGAGUUCCACAGCGUCUCCAGUGUGCACGACUCGGACGUGGCAUCCGAGAUUGAGGUCAAGGGACACGAGUCGUCUGACGAGAGCACCACCACCCGCAUCCGUGAGCCCGAGGACUGGCCUUUGUCCAACUCGGACAAUGAGCUGGCGCCCACGAAAACCGUCACUGCUGACAAAGACGUCAUCCAUGCAGUUCACCCCCAAGCUGCAUGA